GAAUUAUAUUAUUAUUUUCUUUUUUAAUAAUAGUUGGUUUUAUAGUAACACUGUAUGAUUCUUCCUUAUAAGAAUAAAGAGUAUUCGAAAUUUCCAUAUAUCACCCACUGUGCGAUGUUUUUGACACUUUCCGUUCGAAACAUUUUUAUAAAUAUUACAGAUUUUUUUUAUAAAAGCUUAAUAUUCAGGCAAAAGAGAGUUCGCCAAUUUAGGAGCUUUAAAAUUCUGCGAAGCAUGUGUGAGGCUGUACUCGAAAGGGCUCGUCAACAAAAGGAGGGAGCUAAGCGAUUAUAUCAAUUAUUUAAAUUUGAAAACAUGACCGUUGCAUCACCACCGGCGCUGAAAGUAUACUUUUGGGAAUAUUUCGAUAUUGAUAAACUCAAUCGGCAAAUUCAUAAGGAUAGAAGUAAAUUUCAACAUGACAUUGCAAUGCCAAUGCGUCAAAUCAAUAGUCGACCCCUGAAAAUUAUUCUCUGGUUGCGAAACUUGUCUGAGAAAAAUCUCGAUAUACGUUUAAAACGUAUACAAAAAUGCGAAUGCGUGCCACUGGAAACUCGUGUGGGCUUCAAUCAGUUUCGACAACUCUUCCACUGUCCACAUAGACGUCUAAUUCAUAUUCUGCAAGAGGCAAUACAUAUGAAACCUAACGACUUGGUGGCGUUGAGAAUCGUUUUCUAUUAUUUUUUAUUCGGCGAACACACGCUUACAUAUGAAUUUAAUUGCUCCGAUUCACGGGUUCUAACUUUGAAUUUCAAGCUCAAUGUGAUCGGUUUCGAUCCAAAUGCUUGCAUUAUAACUAAAGAACUUUUACCAACCGAUUUGAGAGAGCAUCGGCGUUUCGUCCAACCGAUUUGGGUGCAAAAUAUAACGGGCCAACAUUUGAAUUUUGUCUUUUCUACACGAGAACGCGGCUUAAAGUUGAUGAACCCGAAUUUAACAGUGCCACGUUUCAGUGUUUGGCCGUUGAUGGUGGAAUAUAGGCCGAGCGAUUUCGAAAAUCAGCUUGAUUUUAAUUUGAAUUUCGAAAAUAUUCGUUCGAAGUUUCAAGUCAAAGCAGUAGGCUAUCUCGAAAAUGACACCGAGGACCAAGAAGUGCCGCUUGAAGAUUACGAAUGCGCUGAUUUCCCAUACGUUAUUUACCCCAAUAAACUAGAAUUUGAUAUGCAGCGUUCUGAACAAAGAAGUUUAAUGGUGGCCAUUCAUAAUUACAACCAAAAAUGUGUAGAGUUCCGUUGGCAAAACUACUUCAUUAGCGAUUUGUUCGAAGUCACCUUUGAGCCGAAUGUAUUCCGCCUAAAGCCACAUCAUACGAAACUUUGCAUUGUGAAUAUGCGUGUUUUCGAAAGGGCGCUUCACUUUAAACGCAUUCCAUUAGCAUUGGAAGUACAUCGGGUAUUCGAUAAAUCAACUAAACUUGCAAAGGAACUAUUGGAGGAAGUGGAAUCCAUUGAUGAUCCCAAAUGGAAGGAGUCCAGCUACAUGAUGCAUAUAUUUUUGCAUCUAAAUGUGAAAGUAAAUUUUAAGCCCGAAGAACCAAUAAAUAUAGCUUGGGAACUGUUGCCACCGAAACGUGAGCGUUCAAAAACUUCAACUACAACAAUAUUUGAAAAACUAUAUUGGGAUUAUUUGUCAGAGUCCAAUUUCAUGCGACCGAAAUCGUCUGCUGAAAUAAAUGAUGAACUCAGCUAUGCUGAAGUCCUACGCUUGAAUGCAGGUCCAUUGCCACUUGUUAAAACCAUAGACCUUAAUCGCAAUGGUAUAUUGCGUAUUAUCAGUCAACUAAUCGCCGACUCCCUGCAUGAUUUGGCAAAGAAUUGGCGUUUCAUUCCAAUUGAAUUUGCUGAAGACCCACAAUAAAGUAUUCAAUAG